AUGUCUGGAAGGCUAUGGCAUAAAGCUAUUUUUGCUGGCUAUAAGCGGGGUCUCUGGAACCAGAGAGCACACACAGCUCUUCUUAAAAUUGAAGGUAUUUAUGCUCGAGAUGAAACUGUAUUCUAUCUGGGCAAAAGAUAUGCAUAUGUGUACAAGGCAAAGAAUAACACAGUGACUCCUGGUGGCAAACCGAACAAAGCCAGAGUAAUCUGGGGAAAGGUAACUCGUGCUCAUGUAAACAGUGGCAUGGUUCGUGCCAAAUUCCAAAGCAACAUUCCUGCUAAAGCCAUAGAACACAGAAUCCAUGUUAUGCUGUACGCCUCAAGGAUUUAA